UUGGCUCAUCCUCCGAAGAUGAAGGCUUUUCUAGUCCUCCUGCUGGCUGCCGUCCUGUGCACAGAGCCAGCUGGUUCUUUGACAUGUUACACGUGCAAGACGCAGCUUCGCAACUCCAACUGUCAGACGGAGACGACGUGUGCCAACAACUCACAAGUGUGCAAGACGGAUGUGAUCAACGUCGUGGGCCUUUUCAAUGUCAUCAACAAGGAGUGUGCUACGUCGUGCGAGCCGCGCUACCAGGACUUCACCGUGGGAAAUCAGAACGUUUCCUGCUGCAGUACCAACCUCUGCAACCGCAACGGGGUGGGCAGCGUGAGCAGCAGCUACGCCACCAUGGCAGUGGGGCUUACCGCCAGCGUCCUCUGCAUCCUUCUGAGGAACGGGCUGUGA